AUGUCUCAAAAUAGUGGGACCCCCGAUACCUCGUCGCAUUACUCUGAUCACGGCCGCGUUUAUGAAGGGUUUCGGCGAGGAAGAUAUCUGCUUCCAAUCGAUGAGGCCGAACAAGACAGACUGGACAUAUUCCACAAGCUCAUCUUCCUGGCAAGAAAAAGCAAGUUACAUGACGCGCUACUUCCUGAUAGGGCCCAAGUUCUUGAUCUUGGGACGGGCACUGGCAUUUGGGCGAUCGACGUCGCUGAUUCGCUUUACAAGGGCCCGGACAACCAGGGUCGCGUACUAGGGCUCGACCUUGCUUACAUCCAGCCCCAUGUAAUUCCCACAUGUGUUUCGUUCGUGCGCGCCGAUGUUGAGGCGCCGUGGCCAGCACCAGAGCAGACCUUCGAUCUGAUCCACAUACAAAUGCUACUCGGGUCCAUACGAGACUGGCCAGACCUCUACCGAAAAUCUUUCAGACAUAUCAGGCCCGGUGGCUCGAUUGAGCAUGUGGAAAUCGAGUGGAUGUUCCGUAGCGACGAUAACACCUUACCAACGGACUCGCCCCUCGUUCUUUGGGGUAACACCUUGCGACGUGCGAUGCAGACGUACAGGCAACCAAUUGACAUUUUCGAUACUAGAGCCGAACUUCACGCAGCGGGUUUCACCAACAUCACCGAGAACAUAGUCAAACUACCGAUCAACCCGUGGAGCGCCGACAAAUUCGAGCAGGAGAUUGGCCGAUGGUUCAACCUUGGCCUCACUCAUGGGUUCGAGGCAUUGACACUCGCACCUUUCGUCCAAAUAGAAGGUUGGCCAAGGCAUCAGGUGGACAGGCUGGUGGAAGACCUGAAGAUGGAUAUCUGUCGGCUGCACGUCCAUGCCUACUGUAGAAUGUGA